CAUCCUCGUGGCCUGUGCUUCCAGUCAUCAUGAAGGCUCUGCUUCUUCUGGGCCUUGUCCUCUUGUGCGGGACCGUCAAGGGAAAGAUCUACAAAAGAUGUGAGCUGGCCAAAGCUCUGAAAGAAAAAGGAAUGGCUGGCUACCAUGGAAUCAGCCUGGCAAACUGGAUGUGCUUGGCCAAGGCGGAGAGUAGUUACAACACACGAGUUACAAACUACAAUCCUGGAGACAAAAGCACUGACUAUGGGAUAUUCCAGAUUAACAGCCACUAUUGGUGCAACGAUGGCAAAACCCCCAAUGCUGUUAAUGGUUGCCACGUAUCCUGCAAAGAUUUGAUGCAUGAUGACAUCUCUAAGUCUGUGGCUUGUGCGAAGAGGGUUGUGAAGGACCCACAAGGCAUUAGAGCAUGGAUGGGAUGGAGAAAAGAGUGUCAAAACAAAGAUCUCUCGUCCUACGUUAAAGGCUGUGGAGUGUAACUGAAAAAUUUCCUUCUUCAGCUCAUUUUCCCUUUUUCAUAUAAAGGAGGUAGCAGAUAAUCAAAGCUUCAUAGUACCGUUGCUUCUCCUCCAAACAAAAGAAAUGUUAUGGAAGCAUUAGAAAAACACAGUCUUUCUCCUAAAAGCCUUAGUGUGAACUAAUAAAUCUUUUCUUUCAUGUCA